GUGAAAAUUUAAUUGUGUGAAGGCAUUAAGAAGAAAGGAAAUUGCAUCAUCCAAAAGCCUUAAAGUGUGAAUCAGUGAAUAUCGUUCAAUAAAAGAAGUUAACAAGCUCUAUCUGAAAAUGCCACGACGAGGAAGGUCCGCAUCUCCGCCGCCAGCCCAGCGCAGAUCUGCGCCGAUGGCUGCCGCUCCGCGUCCAGCUCCUGCUCCUGCUCCGCGUCCUGCUCCUACCCAGCCGGCGGUUCAGCAUGCCCCACCAAGUGCGGUCGCCCCACCGAUGGCCGCCCCUAGUCAGGGUCCUGGUCUGAUGGCCCAGAUGGCUGCCACGGCCGGUGGUGUUGCGAUCGGUUCUGCCGUUGGCCAUACCAUUGGACAUGCCAUGACCGGAAUGUUCAGUGGAUCCGACUCGAAGGAAGCGGCCCCAGCCCAGCAGGCUGCCCCAGUUCAACAGUACGCUCCGGCAGCUGGUUCGGAAGCUCAGACCCCAUCCGGACCGUGUGCCUGGGAAAUUAAGCAGUUCCUGUCCUGUGCCCAGGACCAGUCCGAUCUUACGUUGUGCGAUGGAUUCAACGAAGCUCUGAGGCAGUGCAAAGGGCAGUAUCGCGUCUAAAUGGGACGAUUAAUAUUCGCUGAUUAGAGGAUGAUUACGGCUGGGAAGGAACGAUUUGGCCCCUGGUGAAAAUUGUGUUUGAGAAUGGAAAAAUUUUCAGUAGUCUGAAGCAGUAGUGUUCACUAGUGUUGUUGUUUUGCGCAGUUCAAUAAAAUUUUGUUUACCCAAUCCAAUAUGGCCAAAUUGAGCUUUUCUGUAGAUUAUUAGGAUCGUUAAACCAAUUGAAAAAGUCGAAAUACUACGUUGCUGUGGUACAUAAUUUUUAAGCUGAAUGAGUUUAUUUUAUAAAUAACGAUUAAAUUUUAGAAUUUAAAUAAAGAAUAGCUGAUAG